AUGUGCUCGAGCAUGCGAGCAUGGUGGUGGAGAGGGACACUUCUCGGCACUAUGAUGCUGUUAUCAUGGACGUCCUCAUUGGUGGAGGGCUGCCCGAGCAUGUGCACGUGCAAAUGGAAAAGCGGUAAAGAGUGGGUGGAGUGCGCCAACAGGGACCUGAAGGGGCUGCCUCAGGGCGCCAGGGAGGAGACCCAGGUGUUGGAUCUGUCGAACAAUCAUCUGGUCAGUCUGCUUCCAGAGUGCUUUCACGUUCUGGGUCUGAUCAAUCUGCAGAGGCUCUACCUGGGUAGAUCGCACAUCAGUCGUAUUGCGUCGAGAGCUUUCGUCGGCCUGGUGGGUCUGGUUGAGUUGGACCUCUCCGAGAACCUGAUCGAGGAGAUACCGACCGAGACCUUUCCAUCCUACUCGAAUCUGAUGAAACUGUUGCUGAACGGGAACCCUGUAAGGGAGAUCCGUCGAGGAGCGUUCCAGCAUCUGGUCCAUCUGACCAACCUGGAAUUGAGCCAGUGUCGAAUAGAGAACGUGGAGCAAGGAGCGUUCGACGGCCUACACCAACUCGAGUGGCUGCGACUAGAUGGCAAUCGGUUGACCCGGGUACCCGAUCUCACGUUGCCUCUAGGAGGUAACCUUAGGGGGCUCACGCUGCACAACAAUCCCUGGCUGUGCGAUUGUCGUCUGCAGGCCACCCAGGCUUGGCUCAAGGAGUCGGCACCGGCUGCCCCUCAAGAGUCCGAGCCAGUCUGCGACUCUCCACCGAAACUUCGGGGUAAACAGAUCAAGGAGGUGAAGUUGAACGAGCUCGCUUGCCUGCCGCAGAUCGAGCUCCAGGAUCAGAUCGAGGCCUAUGAGGGGGACAAUGUCACUCUCAAGUGUGACGUCUAUGCUGUGCCGGCUGCCAAACUCACUUGGUGGUUUAACGGAGAGUUGUGUGAACUGCAGAACGAGAACGAUUCUGCUUCGUCUUCGGCUUAUCCUCGGUACGUCUACAGGCAGCGUGGUGGAACGAAUAUGAGCAGCGCCCUUCUUCUCUACUCCGUCGAGACCCUGAACGAGGGGACGUACACGUGCAUAGCCGAGAACGGGGCGGGCUCAGCCGAGGCGAAUCUAUCGUUGCGAGUGUUGUUCCAGGAGAGAAUAACGAUUGAACCGCCCAACGAUCACUUGAGGUCGGGCUACGUGGUCGCCGUGGCUGCGGGCGUCCUUUUGGGCAUCCUGUUCGCUCUCGCCUCCCUCAUAGGCAGCAUAGUGUUCUGCGUUCGCAAACGUCGCCGCGACCGCAAGAGAAACUCGAAAGCCUUGGUCUCGCAGAACAAAUCCAUCAUGCCUAUUACCAAAGACACGACAACCAGUUUGCCUUGCAGGAAGGGUAACGGUAGCCUGAUCGGGCUCGAACAUCAACAGAUGGUUUCGUAUACCGAACGGGAGAUGAGCAGAGCCGCGACUCUCGAGCGCAGGGAGCACAGGAACGUGGAGGAGCCUUAUUGCAGCCCGGUGUCAAAGUAUCUGACCGAACCCGAUCUGAUAAACGAGGUCCCGGAGACGACCGACGUGGGAUACGGCCAAUUGUACAGACACCAGCCGGGCGAGAGACAGAUUCUGGAAUACGACUCCGGCUACCCGUUGCAACCCGACCUGCGCCCAUCCAACAUCCCCCAGCUUAGCUAUCUCGAUCAAGACGGUUACCCGCUCAACUUCGGCCUACCCAAAAUCCCGUUCAGCGCGGCGAGCACGCUGCCUCGUUUGAGGCAAAGGAUGCCAGUAGAGGGCACCGCUGUCGCGCCACCGGCCAGGUACUCGAGGGAGGCGGAGUUCUUGGCCAGGUCGCCGGGAUACGACCCUGUCCUCCCCAGAACUGAUACCAGAUACACAGCAGAGGGAUAUCCUUAUCCGGCCCAGCAGCAGCAGCCGCAGCCGAUUCAACCGGUCGAGCAGCCUAUCCAACAGCAGCUGCCAGUUUCCCCGGUGUCCCCAGUCGCCGUGUUCCCCGAGGUGCCGUUCAUCCCUUCGCCACCAGCCGCGUACAGGGGCGAGACCACGCCGCUCUCGCCUAGAUCACUGUUGAGCAAAACUGCUCGAGAGGCUGCUGCGGCCGCGGCCGCCAGGGCGGAGGACCUUCAGCCGCCUCAUCACCCGGAAAGCCCUGACGAGGGCUACGUCGGGGACGCUAUGGACGUCUAA